UUUCUCCCAUACUCAAAUCAUGAAGGCAGCGAUGUCCUCAUCUUCCUGUUUUCUCUUCUUUCUCAAACACAGACCAGGUGACUUUAGCGUUGAACGCAGCGGCUCUCCAGCUGACAGACCUCCCCCUCUCUCAUUGCAGCCACAGGGGCAUCAAUCCGCUGGAAACGCCUCAUCAAAGCCACACACUCUCUACAGGAUGUCUGAGGGAGACAUUACCGUGCUGUCUCUUGGACCGGCCUCACUGGACUUGUCCCGGCAUGAGAGACAGCCACUCAGCAGACUGUACUGCCAGAACGGAGGGUAUCACCUGAGGAUUUUACCUGAUGGGACGGUGACAGGCAGCAGGCAGGACAACGACCCCUAUGACGUCCUGAGGCUGAAGGCUGUGAAGGUUGGAGUGGUGAUCGUCAAGGGUGAGGAGACGGGCAGAUAUCUGGCCAUGAACAAAGAUGGACACCUCUAUGGAUCACAAGUGUUGAACGACGAGUGUUACUUCCUGGAGAAAUAUGAGGAAAACCACUACAACACUUACCGCUCUCAGAAGUACAACUGGUACGUCGGUCUGAAGAGAAACGGCAAACCCAAAGCAGGACCAAAAACCCACCAGGGUCAGAAGGCCAUCUAUUUUCUGCCGAGGCCUGUGGGCAACCUGUAAGGCAACGGGACACCAAGAAGCACGGGACAUGCUCCCUCAGUGAUAUACAUGCAUAUAAUGGCACAAAACAUUACCCUGGGCACCCAAAUGUACCAUUUAAAGUCAAUGCAAGUAGAUGCCAUAUCCUGUUGGCAAAAAUCUGGUAAGAUGAAUGGGGCAUCUGUGUUCAAGAUAUGUGGAUGCAGACACACUGAAUAUGAUCUUAACAGGGAUAUGAGCCGAUAUCCAGAAUACUUUGUCCAUGUAAACAUACACACUCUGUCUCUCUCUGUGCUCGACCAGCAUAUGUAAUUCUUACUAAAACUGUUGUUCACUUUGCCUGGUGGUAUGAAACAGCGCUGGGAGACAGCAAUGGACCAUUGUUGCUUAGAAAUAGUUUUAAAAUUGAUCUCAUCUGGCACAAAGGGAACCAGCGCAAAUAAGCAUUAAAAGCAAAAAUGCCAACCAUCUGGCACUGAAUUCAAGCUCAAGCAAACAAAGUUUUGACUAUGUCCAAAUGGUACAGUGUGAGGAGCAAUAAUGAUAGUUGAAGUAGAGUAGAAAUUCUGCUUUCACCUUGUACAUGGAGAUCAGAGGUCAGGAUCAGCAACGGUUCAGCAAAGUGGGUUAGGAUGGAUUCCCAGAGCUUCUGGUCUCCUGUUGCAGUAAAACCUCUUAUGUUUAGUGAGGCACGAUCCUGCCAAGUUACUUCAAGGAAACAGAGGGACGAAUGUUAAUGUUGUGUUUUUUGCCCACAAUAUGAGAAAUGUCUGGUGGUGAAAAACAUCACACUGAAAUUCAAAAUGUCAGAGUGUCCCUAAGGCGCCUUAGGGUCUGUAACAUCGGCAAGGAAGCUUCCUCGCUGGGAGCUCCUUCAGGAUAUUCGGCUGCUUGGAAUUGUCUCUUUACAGUGGGAAGCCCGGGGAAAAUCCUAGUUAGGUUCCCGGACUUGGCAAAAUUUUAGGGAAACGUCAAGUGGUUCAUUUGAUGAAGUCACUAGUCAUCCUACGAGAAGAAACCUAUCUCUCUGUAAGCCAGCUAGCUGUAUGGUAGCUAACAUAACAUUUAAGAUUUUUGUAUUUUUGCACGUUUUUUUUACUUGAUUACCAUGGCAACCAGCAACACUGAGGUAUAAAGGAAGUUUUGUUGUGAGGUUGACUCGAUUCAUGUAUCCUUAUGGACAAAAUAGGUUCCUAAUAAGGAAUGAAUAAGGACAGAUCAUUGUUUCAUUCUUAAGUCAACAGGCGAAAAUGAAAAUAACCUUACUGCUAAACCCCUGCUGGAAACAGCACCCAUGUCUAAACUGUGAGAUACUUAAUGAUAGAUAAUAGAUAGAUA